CGCGAGCAGAGCGAACACAACGCAAAAAGCGCUGGGAAGGACCGAUAUCCGGAACGCGUUGACUAAUUCAAAGAACGCCACACACGCACUCCGCACUGCCCGCUCAUAUCCUCGAAACACAACCCCCCUUUUCCCCUUUUGACCAUCACUCCUGUCGCCCACGCCAUGGAGACCGCCACCCCCAAGGACUUGACCGAUGCGGGUAACCGCAAGCGCAAGAUGACGGCCACCACGCCGCCGUCCGGCCUCAAGCGCGGCAACAAGUUGUCCCGGCCGGCCGCCGCCCCCACCGCUAGUGUGUCGAACGGUGUGACGCCGCCCGUAGUCACGCCGCAGGGGUCCAUUCACACCUCCGAUCAGUUCAUCGACCACCAACGCGCCAUGUUUAGCGCCGCCGUGGCUCCCACACCGCACGGGCCCGUGGAACACAUGCCUCCCACCCCCGCUUUUGUCAACCGUAACGGCUUCAGUCACACACCUGACGGCUUCUCCUCCACCCCCAGCGAGGGCUUCCCGUCCAAUAGCGCCUUGGCGCAGCAGACGGCAGGCUCGGCCUCCACGCCUGCAGACGACAACCAGACAGCCGCCACGGCUAAUGGACACUCCUCACAUGCCCCCACACCGUCGCCUGUGCCCCGCGCGGCGCCGCUUAACCUCCGCAACUUUGCCAACUGGGAAGUGGGCAGCCGCUACUCACUGGUGCGAUUGCUUGGCAAAGGAUCCUACGGACAGGUGGCCGAGGCUUUCGAUAAAGAACGCCAAAAGAAAGUGGCCAUCAAGAAGAUCAUCAACGUCUUUGACCAGGAGAUUGACUGCAAGCGACUGUACCGCGAAAUCUACAUUUUGCGUCGUCUAAGCCACCCGCAAGUGAUCAACUUGAUCGAUGUGAUCCCACCGGAGAACUACGAUACUUUUACGGAUCUGUACUUGGUGUUUGACUUUGUGGACACAGACCUGCACAAGCUCAUCAUGAGCCCGCAGUACUUGACCAUUCGCCACAUCCAAGUAUUCUUGUACCAACUUCUGUGUGGUCUGAAGUACGUCCACUCGGCCAACGUGAUCCAUCGUGAUAUGAAACCCGCCAACAUCUUGCUGAACGAAGACUGCACUCUUAUGAUUUGCGACUUUGGGCUCUCUCGUGUAAUGGAGAGCAAUAUGUCGAUGGAGGAACUGAGCAAGCACUUGUACUCACCGAAGGACUCCAAGUCGCCCACCACAUCUGACGGAGGAACCACAUCGGCACCGUCCCCUGGAAGCGCUUCCUCUACGCCUUCAUCAUCUGGCGAAUUCCCCAAGAUGCGGCGGCAAUUGACAAAGCACGUUGUCACUCGAUGGUAUCGAGCACCGGAGCUCAUUCUCCUUCAGGAUUACGAUUUCUCUGUCGAUAUGUGGAGUGUUGGAUGCAUUUUUGCUGAGCUGCUGAGCAUGCAAGUCGAGAGCUGCCCCCGAUACCAGGAGCGUGUGCCCCUCUUUCCUGGACGCUCGUGUUUCCCUCUUAGCGCAGACCGUCCCACAACAUACUCAGACAAGCUGGACCAGCUCAACGUGAUUUUUAAUGUGAUCGGCACACCUGGCGAAGAUGACAUUGGCAGCUUGGGUGAAGUCAAGCAGUACCUGCGGAAACUGCCGAAGAAGGAGCCCCGAGACCUUCGCGAGGUAUGUCCUGCAUUCUUGAACUAUAUUUUUUUUCAUACUGACCUGAUAAUAUAAUUGUUUUGCAUCUAGAUGUACCCGGGCGCCCCUGCUGACUCGCUUGACUUGCUCAAGCAAAUGCUGUCAUUUAACCCCGAGUGCCGAAUUUCGGUUGACAAAGCGCUUGCUCAUCCGUUCCUGGAGUCAGUACGGAGGGCCCAGUCUGAGACUGUAGAAGCCAAUCCAUUUGGUAUGGAGUUCGAAAAUGUCCCCCUCAACAAGGAAGCGCUGAAAGCUCGUAUUUUUGAAGAAAUCAAACUGUUCGCGGAUCGAAACAACCGGAGAUGAAUGAAGUCUCCCGCUCUGUUUGACCGCGAUGGGGCGAGCCUUGACUCCCUCCGCUUUCGGCUCGCGGGCAUGAAGAUGGAAUCAGGCAAAGGAGUGAACGAACAAACGGCCGGUAUUCACAGUCGGUUAGUUUGAGUAUGUAAAAUGUGAGGAAAGGAAGGCAAGAACGAAAUGGCGUGUGGACUACAAUGAAGCUACGAAAUCAAAUGGCGAUCGUCUUUUAAAGACAGCUGACUCCUCGAACGAAGAGGAGCUUAGUAGCCUGUAGUGGUUUGUAUGAACUGCACACAUUCGUUCUUGUGACCUUACGAAGCAUAAAGACAAGGAGAGCCAGACGAGAGAACAAAACGGAGAGACGAGAGUAAAAGUAAGUGGAUGCCAGACUGCAACGCUGCCAUCUUAGGGCAAAGUAGGGCGUGUUGCUCGUCUGAAUGUUGGCUUGUCUUAAGCUUCGAUUGCAAUGUCGAAUGUGUUUUCAAUAGAUAAAGAAGAUUGACCUAACGUAAGUUUCCCGUUGUU